AAAAAUACUACAUAAGAUAAGUACAUGUACUUCCGUUUGCAUCAUAAGCUGCGGAUAAAAUCAACAGUCUCCUCAUUUUGAUGUAGUUUACUUCAGAGAAAAAAGUAUUUUUUCCUUAUUUAAAGGAACAAAAUUUUUAAAGUUUUGAUCAGGAUUUUGAAGCAGAGCUAACAUGAACUCCCCUGGACUUUUUGACGCCUUCCGGUCCAAUGGCGGUCCGACCUACUACGAGUCCUUCAAAACGCCUUGGAUGGCGGACAUCUUGGAUGCUGGAUUAAUUUAUGCAUUUCUUAGUUUAGGUUUUUCUUUCUUUAUCAUCCUUCCUGGGAUUCGUGGGAAAGAGAGAAUAUAUACGUUCAUUCGCUUAGCAUUGACGCUUUAUAUUGGAGGGGUCAUAGUGUUAUGUAACUUCAGCACCGAAUGGGAGGUUGCAGAAGCCACCAAUGUAAGAACAAAAUACAAGGCUGGCUCAUCAGGGGAGAUUACUGCCGAUAUCGGGGUCCACAUUGGUUUUAGGGGCAUCAACAUCACACUCAAAG